AUGCGACUCAGAUUUUCAAAUCCUUUCGUUGGAUAUUAUCCUCUCAAUGUUUGUACUCAAGACGUGUUAGCCACAGCCAGAGUGGAUUAUUCUGCCAAGGCAUCAUGCUCACACUAUACAGCUUAUUCAGGAACGGAUUGUUCACAAGUGUACCAACAAUUCCCAACGAAUCAUUUGGGAGGAACCAAUGCGAAUAAUCAAACGUGUAAUAGUAUGAAUAGUGGAGGUUCUCUGAAGGCCUAUACCUUUGUAUGCUCGGACAGUCAUGGUAACAACAACAAUCAACAACAACCUGCAGUGACCCUCAAUGGAUACAUUUCAUAUGAUUUAUAUUCUGAUCGUGCAUGUACCAAGAAAUUGAAAUCAACCAUUGUGAAACCUUCUCAAGUAUGCUUGAUGAGUGGAGAAUGUAUUCAAGUUCCAGGAUCCAACAAUUUGUAUGGAAUUUCAAAGUGUUCAUCUACUUUACCGUCUGUUCAACAAGGUCAAAUGGUCAUUCAUACCUAUGCAAGUCUCAAUUGUAAUACUUCUACUCUUCAACAUUCUCAAUAUUAUCCCAUUCAAACAUGUAGUGUGAAUAUGAUGGGAUCUGGAAGUAUCAUGCCUCACGCUUCAUGUUCAUCCUAUCAAUCCUAUUCUGAUAUGGAGUGUCAAGUGGCAGCAAACAAAUUGGAUUAUACCUCAGCAAGUUGUUUACCGAAUGGUAAUUCAAAUUCUCUCUCCGUUUCAUGUCAAGUCAUUCCUGUGGUGCUUCCAAGUAAUAGUACAAAGAGAACAGUUUCUGGAGCUAUUUCCAUUCAAAGAGAAAACAUAUCAACAGUAUCUUAUUUAAGAGCUACCCAAGACUGCACUCCUAAUCCAUCCUGCUCUCAGAUUUCAGAUAUUUCCUUUGGUUAUUAUGGAAAGGUUUCAUGUCCAAGUGCAGUACCCACACCUCGACCACACCAAGUUCAAGUCGUUCAGUAUCUUAAUGGCACCCAAUGCAGAUUUGUGAAUGUCCAUAUUUCAUAUUACCCCAAAGAUGUAUGCACUGGUGAUUUGUCUGUCAAAUUCAGUCCUGAUUAUAGUGUAAAAGCUACUUGUGAUCAAUUAAUUUCUUAUAAGGGAACCAAUUGCAAUUCCACUGAAAUCUACAAAGAAAUAUCUUAUUCGAAUUCAACAAAAUGUAGUAUGGAUAGUGAGUACGGACUGGGCUAUUCCCUGAUGUGUUCAAAUGGAACAGAACCACCACAACCAGUACCAAGUCCCAUUCAACCUCCUGCAAAAAGUAAUAGUACUAAGAAGGGAAAUUCCAUCUCUUUGGCCACGUCUACUCCAAAAGCAAACAUGUUCUUGUUGGUGGUUAUUGUCAUGGUCUGCAUGGGUUGUUCAUUAUUGUUACAAUUAUAG